AUUCCGUCUCUGUUUCGAUUCAGAUUGUUUUUCUCUUUCCCAGAACUUUGUGCUGGUUAUAUUUGCUGAGAUUUCAUGUGGUUGGUCCAUAGUAAUUGACAUGGCAAGCUAUUCAGGAAGUGGUGUUCCAUCAAACGGUUCUGUCUAUGUUUGUAACUUGCCUAAUGGAACUGAUGAAAAUAUGCUGGCUGAGUUUUUUGGCACCAUAGGGCUGCUAAAGAGAGACAAAAGAACUGGUCGACCAAAGAUGUGGUUUUAUCGAGACAAAGUGACAAAUGAACCAAAAGGAGAUGCAACAGUUACAUAUGAGGAUCCACAUGCAGCAUUGGCUGCUGUGGAGUGGUUCAAUAACAAGGAGUUCCAUGGUAGUACAAUUGGAGUUUUUAUAGCAGAGUCAAAGACCAAAGAUGAUCACACAUAUGACUCAGGGAAUCAUGGGGGACAUACAAGUGGUGAUUAUGGUGGACAGGAGGAAGGUGCUAGGGAUUUGAAUGGGAGUGGGGGAAGAGGUAGAGGUCGGGGUGAUGCUUCAGGGAACGCAUGGCAACAAGAGGGAGACUGGUUGUGUCCAAAUACAAGUUGUUCGAAUGUAAAUUUUGCGUACCGUGGUGUAUGUAACCGUUGUGGAAGUGCUCGACCUAUUGGUGCCUCGGGCACCGGUGCUGGUGGUCGAGGUAGAGGCCGUGGUGGAAAUGAAUCUGGGGGUCGUGGUCGCCCUGCUACUGGUCCUACAGGACUUUUUGGUCCGAAUGAUUGGUCUUGCCCAAUGUGUGGCAAUAUCAACUGGGCAAAACGCAACAAGUGCAAUAUUUGUAAUACGAAUAAGCCUGGUCACAAUGAGGGCGGGGUGAGAGGAGGACGGGCUGGAGGUUACAAAGAACUUGAUGAAGAAGUAAUAGAGGAAACUAAACGACGGAGGCGGGAAGCUGAAGAUGAUGGGGAGUUGUAUGAUGAAUUUGGCAAUCUCAAGAAGAAAUUCCGUGCCAAGGCGCAGCAAGCUGAAGUACGACAGGCGCUUCCAGGUACUGGACGUGCAGGAUGGGAGUUCGAAGAACUAGGCAUGGCUGAGAAAGAUGGUAAAGAUAAAAGUAAAGACACAGGCAGAGACCAUGAUGACAGGGAGAGCAGCAAGAGUCGGGACUGGGAUAGUUACACCCAUGAAAGGGAUAGGUAUCGGAGUCGGAGCAGAGAGAGGGAGGGGGACCGCGACAAAGAGAGGGGUAAAGACCGGAAUAGAGAUAGAGAUUAUGAUCAUAGACGAGGCAGAGAAUAUGGACGAGAUCGGGACUGGGACCGGGAUCACUACCGAGACUGGUAGUUUAGCAGAAGUUUGUCUUCCAUCUUGCCCUUUUGAUCCUAUUAUCCUGGUAAGAUUACUUCCUGUCAGGAGUAUAGCACGAAAGUGAACUCCUAUUAGAUGGGAUCUCUUUGAGUUGUCUGCUUUUGAUGGAUCCAUAAACUAGGAGGAACUCAUGAGGUUCCUAUCAUCCUUUUAAUUUCUCUUGUUGCUUGAUUUGAAUAGUUGAGGUACAACUUGAAACUGAUUACUGUUAUCCCAAUUCACUUGCAU